CUGCUGCGAACUGAGCACGAAGCUAAAGCUGCUCUUUAGCAAGAGCUGCUCGUCGUUUGAAUGCACAUGAACGGUGUUAGCUUAGCUUGUAGCUGCGAUGGAGCACCUGCAUGAUGCACUCACCUCCACUGUCUUGUUCCUCCUCCAGGUCCAGCAUGUCCACUGAACACCUCGUCUCGGUGGAUUAUGAAGUUUUUGGCAGAGUUCAGGGUGUUUUUUUCCGGAAAUACACUCAAGCAGAGGGGAAGAAGCUUGGCCUGGUUGGAUGGGUCCAAAACACAGACUCAGGAACAGUUCAGGGGCAGUUACAAGGGCCCCGCAGCAAGGUGAACGAAAUGCAAGAGUGGUUGAAAUCCACCGGGAGCCCCAAGUCCCACAUCAGCAAGGCGGAGUUCAAGAACGAGAAGACAGUUGACAGCCUAGAUCACUCAUCUUUUAACAUAGUAAAAUAAGACAACCCAUAGAUUGUGACUGUGGUGUUAACUUUAAAGCAGAUGUGUUUAUUUAUUUAGUCUUUUUACUGGCUGGAAUGUAACUCAUAUAAUUUGUUGAAAAUAAGUGUAUGUUAAGUGUUCUUAACAUGUACAAUAUAAUAAAUGGAAAAACCAUUUCAGCAGA